AACUGCCAUAUUACUUGUCACAAAUUUCAGUUACUUUUACACGUUUUAUGAAGCGUUCUCAAAAUUCCAAGUAUAAAAAAAACCAUAAUUAAAUUUUAGUAAUUUUAUAAACGUAUUGUACGUAAGGCAGAAUGAUGGGUAACGUUUUUGGAGAGCAAGCAAACUCCAUGGAGGCCAUCGCCGCAUACAAUAACUUCCUUUGUACCUAUGGCUUGCUCCACACCGAGAUGCUUCCCAACGAUGCCAUCCAAUGUGCCACCCGGAUGUGGUGCAACUUCACGCCGGAGCAGCAAAUGAGCUACGCCCAAAUGUACCCUCGCCACCCCAACUCUUUUGGCUAUAAAAUGCGCUCCCAAUAUGUCGAACCACCUAUGGCCAAGCUCAAGGUUAAGGCGCCUGCCAACAAGUGUCGAACCAAAAUAAAAUCCACUCCAACAGCGGUGAAGAGAAACCAAGUGAGCAAAACCAAUAAGCGAAGAAAAUCAGUCAAGCCGAAGGCAAAACCGCAUCAGGAACCCCCCUCAUCAGGGUUCCGAGAGUUCUUUAGGCGACUCAGAAACCGGCACAGGGGAAUCACAGAGUCAGAAAUAGUCAAGAAAGCCGCCAGAGCCUGGUGCAAGAUGAACCAGCGAGAGCGAGAAAUCUUCCUCAAAUGAGUGGAGUCCCGCCAGAUCAUGUAGCUUCUCUCAUCUCUCGCCCCGGCUGCCGGCUCAGACGCCACUCAAUCAAUGCUCCUCCGGGCACGGCCUCUUGUCACGAGAGAAUCCACUUUGGAAUCAAGCUUAGCCAAGCGGUUACACAAUCGCCGCCAGUUCCGCGCCCCCGAACACAUGUACUCCGGCACGCAAAGGGGCAGCACGGAAGUGCUCCGAGUUCGGAGCAACAAUCGGCGGCGGAAAAACAAACGAAGCCAAAAACAGAGCCACAAUCAUUCACAUUUAAAUUAACAUUUCCCGCCACCGAUUAUCCUAAUUGGGAGCUGGCCUUAGCCUAGUCGUUGCUACUCGUCCUGGUCACAGAUGUGGAGCAUUCUCGGUACUCGGAGCUCGUGGUUCGUCGUCAACAUUACUCAGGCGCAUUCACUUGGGCGACGGCACGCGAGUCUGUUGAAAAAUGGAUUUAAUGCGACGCAAAGCAAGCGAGGCCUCAUAAAAAUAAAAUGGAAAUUAAUCUUA